GGCGCUCGAAGUUCAGACGCGGAAGAGAGGUAGACAUUUGGGAUAUUUAGAGAUUAAACCUGUUCAACUAUAACCUUUAUGAGGCCGGAACCAAGAGAAGAAAGAAGUUUUAAUAUUUUAUACCUUAACGCAGCCGGAGAGAUUCAACCGAAAACAGAAACAAAUGUCGGGCGGAAAUUUACAGAAAGCUAUAGAUCUGGCCAGCAAAGCGGCAGAGGAGGACAAAGCCAAGAACUAUGAGGAGGCCCUCAGAUGCUAUCAGCACGCUAUACAGUACUUCCUACAUGUUGUCAAAUAUGAAGCGCAGGGCGAGCGAGCAAAGCAGAGCAUCAGGGCCAAGUGUGCCGACUACCUGGACAGAGCGGAGCAGCUGAAGGUGUAUCUGAAGAAGAAGGAGGAGAGUCCUCCGCCUAAACCUGUCAAAGAGUCUGGGGAUAAAGGGAAUGAAAGUGAUGAGGGGGACGGAGGGGAGAAGAAGAAAUUCAAAAAUCAGCUCUCAGGUGCCAUUGUGAUGGAAAAGCCAAAUAUUAAGUGGGACGAUGUUGCAGGACUGGAAGGAGCCAAAGAAGCCUUGAAAGAGGCUGUUAUCCUGCCCAUCAAAUUCCCUCAUCUGUUCACAGGGAAGCGGACUCCAUGGAGGGGAAUCCUCCUGUUUGGUCCUCCAGGAACAGGGAAGUCCUACCUGGCUAAGGCCGUAGCUACAGAGGCAAACAACUCCACCUUUUUCUCCGUCUCCUCCUCUGACCUGGUGUCUAAGUGGCUGGGGGAAAGUGAAAAGCUGGUGAAGAACCUGUUUGCUUUAGCCCGAGAACACAAACCGUCGAUCAUUUUCAUCGAUGAGAUCGACUCCCUCUGUGGCUCCAGGAGUGAAAAUGAGAGCGAGGCGGCUCGCAGGAUCAAGACGGAGUUCCUGGUUCAGAUGCAAGGCGUCGGUACUAACAACGAGGGAAUCCUGGUUCUGGGAGCCACAAAUAUUCCCUGGACGCUGGACUCGGCCAUCAGACGAAGGUUUGAAAAGCGGAUCUACAUUCCUCUGCCAGAGGAGCAUGCCCGCUCCUUCAUGUUCAAGCUGAACCUGGGCUCCACCCCCAACAACCUGACAGAAGAGGACUUUGCCACUUUGGGAAAGAAGACAGACGGCUACUCUGGAGCAGACAUCAGUGUGAUCGUCAGAGACGCCCUCAUGCAGCCUGUCAGGAGGGUUCAAUCAGCAACUCACUUCAAAAAGGUUCGAGGAUCCUCAUUUAACAAUCCCGGCGUUGUUGUUGACGACCUGCUGACGCCGUGCUCACCCGGAGAUCCCAACGCCAUAGAGAUGACAUGGAUGGAGGUUCCUGGAGAGAAGCUUUUGGAGCCCGUGGUUUCCAUGGCGGACAUGCUCCGGUCUCUGAGUAACACCAAGCCCACAGUCAACGAGAAGGACUUGGACCAGCUGAAGAAGUUUACAGAAGAUUUUGGUCAAGAAGGCUAAUUUACUGGAGACGGGACUUUGGUUGAUUUUUUUUUUUUUUUAAACUAUAGUUCUUAUUGUGCCAAUCUGGCUGAUGUAAUCUGAGAAAAGGACAUUUUCUCAUGAGGUUGCAAACUUUUGAAACUGUUUGAUCUGUUCCACUGAAGCUUGUGUUUACCAGAUUAACUUCGCUGCUCUGCACCUUUUCAACACUACAAGCGUCCAUCAUAGAAGGUGGAUUAUUUUGCACCAAGUUUACUUUCAUGAAUGCACUGCAAAAACUUUCUAGAAAUAAGUAACAUUUUCUCAAAUUAAGUGUAUUUACCCUUGAUUUGAGUAUGUAAAUAAGAUAAUUUGCCAAUGGAAUGAGUAUUUUUACUCUUAAA